AAGUUGACUGAGUGUUGUUUAUUGUUUAUGUUCCAGUAUUAAAGUGAUUGAAAUUAUUUAUUUCAUUUGUGAUUUAACUAGAUAAAUAAGUAUGAAUGCGCCACCGACAUUCGAGUCAUUUUUGUUAUACGAUGGAGAGAAAAAGAUUAUCAGAGAACAGGAUACUAAAGUGCCGAAUGCUGCUAUUUUCACGAUAAAUAAAGAAGAUCACACACUCGGAAACAUGAUUAGAAACCAACUAUUGAAAGAUCCAAAUGUGUUAUUUGCUGGAUACAAGUUACCACAUCCUUUAGAACAUAAAUUUGUACUGAGGAUUCAAACAACUUCAGAUUAUUCACCUCAAGAAGCACUUAUGCAUGCUAUCACUGAUUUAAUAUCAGAACUAUCAUUAUUUGAAGAACGUUUCAAGGAAGCCAUCAAAGAAAAGAAGGAAGGAUUGGAUUGACAUUAUUUGACUCCUUUGUUUAUUUUCACAAUUGUUUAAGUAUCAUUAGGAAAUAUAAUUUUAAUAUUAAAAAUU